AUGUAUUUGCAAAGAAUAAGUCAUAGCAGGGAAGUAAAAUUGGUAGAACUUCCUAACUGUAAAUUAGGAAAAGGAAUAGAAACUGGCUCUGAAGACUUGGAGAUACUUCGUAAUGGACUGGCUUUCAUUAGCUCCAUAAGUGGAUUAAAAUAUCCUGGAAUAAAGAGCUUUGAACCCGAUAAGCCUGGAAAAAUACUUCUGAUGGACAUGAACUGGAUCAUAUCCACUGUUGAAGAGGAUACAACAGUGUUGGAACUGAGGAUCACUGGAAGUAACUUUGAUUUGUCUUCAUUUAACCCUCAUGGGAUUAGCACAUUCACAAAUGAAGAUAAUACCGUGUACCUGCUGGUGGUGAACCAUCCAGAUUUUAAGUCCACGGUUGAGUUGUUUAAAUUUCAAGAAGAAAAGUCACUUUUGCAUCUGAAAACCAUCAAACACAAACUUCUGCCUAAUUUGAAUGGCAUUGUCGGUGUGGGACCUGAACACUUCUAUGCCAUCAAUGAUCACUAUUUUGUUGACCCCUACCUGAGAUCCUGGGAGUUGUAUUUGGGUCUAGCGAGCUCAUUUGUUGUUUACUACAGUCCAAAUGAAGUUCGAGUGGUGGCCAGCGGAUUUGAUUUUGGUGGAAUCAACAUCUCACCUGAUGGCAAGUAUGUCUAUAUAUCUGAAGUGCUGGCUCAUAAGAUUCAUGUGUAUGAAAAGCACGCUAAUUGGACUUGAACUCCAUUGAAGCCUCUGGACUUUAACACACUUAUGGGUAAUGUAUCCAAGGAUCCUGUGACAGGGGACCUUUGGGUUGGUCGCCACCCCAAUGGCAUGAAAAUCUUCUUCUAUGACCCAGAGAAUCCUACUGGAUCAGAGGUGCUCCAAAUCCAGAAGAUUUUAGAAGAACCCAAAGUUACAGUGGUUUAGGCAGAAAAUGGUACAGUGUUACGAGGAAGUACGGUUGCCUCUGUGCACAAAGGGAAACUGCUGAUUGGUACUGUGUUCCACAAAGCUCUUUAUUGUGAGCUCUAA